UCGACCGCCUCAGGGGCAGGCUGGGCUGCGGCAGGGCCGGAGUGAAGGGGCCGUCGCCUCCUGUCGCCGCCUCUCUGCCCACUCCCGGCCAGGAUCGGCCGUUGAGUCCUCACUUCGAAGAUGCUGGAGUCGUACGUAACUCCGAUUUUAAUGAGCUAUGUGAAUCGCUAUAUCAAGAACUUAAAGCCCUCGGAUCUCCAGCUUUCACUAUGGGGCGGGGACGUGGUUCUCAGCAAACUCGAGUUAAAGUUAGAUGUCCUGGAACAGGAACUGAAAUUACCAUUCACUUUUUUAAGUGGCCAUAUUCAUGAACUGAGGAUUCAUGUACCGUGGACAAAACUGGGCUCUGAACCUGUGGUAAUUACCAUCAAUACAAUGGAAUGCAUCUUGAAACUUAAAGAUGGAAUCCAGGAUGACCAUGAAAGCUGUGGUUCUAACUCUACCAACCGAAGCACUGCUGAGAACACAAAAUCUUCCAUAAAACCGAGAAGAGUCCAGCAGGCUGCUCCUACAGACCCGGAUUUGCCACCAGGAUAUGUGCAGAGUUUGAUUAGACGAGUUGUAAAUAAUGUAAACAUUGUUAUAAAUAAUCUCAUAUUAAAAUACGUUGAAGAUGACAUUGUCCUUUCUGUCAACAUCACUUCUGCUGAAUGCUAUACUGUGGGUGAACUAUGGGAUCGGGCAUUCAUGGAUAUUUCUGCAGCUGAUCUGGUGCUGAGGAAGGUCAUCAAUUUUUCUGACUGUACUGUUUGUCUUGAUAAAAGAAAUGCAAGUGGAAAAAUUGAGUUUUACCAGGACCCUUUAUUAUACAAGUGUUCCUUCAGAACCCGCCUUCAUUUCACAUAUGACAACUUAAAUUCCAAGAUGCCAGCUGUUAUCAAAAUUCAUACUUUAGUAGAGAGUUUGAAACUUUCUAUCACAGAUCAGCAGUUGCCUAUGUUUAUCCGUAUAAUGCAGCUUGGGAUUGCUCUUUACUAUGGAGAAAUAGGCAAUUUUAAAGAUGGUGAAGCCGAGGACCCUGCCUGUCACAGUAAAGAUGCAUUAGGAAACAUUGCAGGUACUGAAGAUGAAACAAGAAUAGACAUGCAGUAUCCUGCUCAGUACAAAGGCCAAGAGUUAUUGUCGCAAGACUAUGAGGAGCCCCAGGGAUGGGUGUCCUGGGCCUGGUCAUUUGUUCCCGCAAUUGUGAGUUACGAUGACGGGGAGGAAGACUACCUUGGGAAUGACCCCGUAUCAACCCUGCUCCAGCAGAAAGUGCAGACUCUGAAGGAUCCCAUUGUUUCUGUAGGAUUUUAUUGCACAAAGGCAACUGUGACUUUUAAACUCACUGAAAUGCAAGCUGAAAGUAGCUAUUAUAGCCCACAGAAAGUCAAAUCUAAGGAAGUUUUGUGUUGGGAACAAGAAGGAACUACAAUUGAGGCACUUAUGAUGGGAGAGUCUUUCUUUGAUUGUCAGAUUGGAUUUGUAGGGUGCAGAGCCAUGUGUCUUAAAGGAAUUAUGGGUGUUCGAGAUUUUGAAGAGCAUAUGAAUAGAACUGAAACUGAAUCCUGCUUCUUCAUUUGUGGUGAAAAUCUGAGUACAAAAGGUUUGACAUACCUCACAAAUUCACUGUUUGAUUACCGAAGCCCGGAGAACAAUGGCACCCGUGCGGAGUUCAUAUUGGAUGCAGCUCUCCAUAAGGAGACGUACACUGAAGUAGCAGGCAUGCAGAGGUUUGGUGCUUUCUACAUGGAUUACCUGUAUACCAUGGAGCACAGCUGUGGCAAAGGUCCAGCAAAUCAGCAAGACUUUCCUUCAGGGAAAAAUGAGGAUUUGGGAAUAGUCCAAGAAAAGUCUACCAAAAGCCUUGUUAUAGGUCCUCUGGAUUUCCGCUUGGACAGUAGUGCAGUACAUCGGAUUUUGAAGAUGAUUGUCUGUGCUUUGGAACAUGAGUAUGAACCAUACAGCAGGCUAAAACCAGAAGGUAAGGAUGAAAAGGACGCAGCAGUGACCUCCGAGGAUGUGGCUGCUUUGGAGGAAUACAUUCCCACGCGGCACACAAGUGUUACUCUGCUCAAAUGCACUUGCACCGUUUCCAUGGCAGAAUUCAAUUUGCUAGACCGUUUGCUUCCUGUCAUCGCGGGAGGAAAGAACUCAAGUAACUUCAUGAAUGCCACAAACUUCCAGUCACUUCGACCUUUGCCAUCCAUUCAGAUAUUGGUGGAUAAAAUUAAUUUGGAACAUUCUGUUCCUAUGUAUGCUGAACAGCUGGUGCGUGUAGUCAGCAGCCUUACUCAGCCUUCUGAUAAUCUUCUGCAUUAUUGCUAUGUCCACUGCUACCUUAAGGUGUUCGGCUUCCAGGCAGGACUGACAUCUUUGAAUCACAGUGGAUCUUACUGCUUACCUGUACCAAUUAUUCCCUCUUUCAGCACUGCCCUUUAUGGGAAACUUCUGAAGCUCCCCACUCUCUGGACCAAAAGAUCUCAGACCGUUGUAACUGAAGGUAUUUUUGAACUCCCACAUCUCACAAUUCAAGCAACAAGAGCACAGACCCUUCUGCUGCAAGCCAUAUAUCAGAGUUGGUCUCAUGCCGGACACCCCAGCUCUUCAACAGUGAGUGAAGCUUUGAUGACUGAGGUCUUCCAGACUGCAGGUGUGAAAUCUAAGAAUCCCCUGCCAACUCUUGAGGGCUCAAUCCAGAAUGUUGAACUGAAGUACUGCAGCACAUCAUUGGUCAGAUGUGCCUCUGGGACCAUGGGAUCAAUAAAAGUUUGUGCCAAAGCCCCAGGUGACAGUGGAAAGGAAAAGUUGGUUCCUCUGCUUCAGGGUCCUUCUGACACUAGAGACCUUCAUGGCACCAAGUGGCUUAAUGAGAGCAGGAAGCCUGAGUCCCUCUUAGCUCCAGACCUGAUAGCCUUUACCGUCCAGGUUCCCCAGGACAUGGACGACUGCCACCACUCUGGUGCUGUAUUUCUUUGUAGUGUACAAGGACUAGCAGUUAACAUUGACCCAAUAUUGUAUACAUGGGUCAUCUAUCAACCACAAAAACGAACAAGUAGACAUAUGCAACAGCAGCCUGUGGUAGCAGUUCCUCUUGUCACUUCAGUUAACAGAAGGAAAGAAGAGGAGCUCUCUGUUGGAAGUGCCCCAUUGGCCAAGCAGCAGUCAUACCAAGCCUCAGAAUAUGCCAGCAGCCCUAUAAAAACAAAAACAGUCACAGAGUCCCGACCACUAUCAGUUCCUGUGAAGGCCAUGCUGCACAUUCAUGAAGGUUGUAGAAGUCCUGAAGAAAGAAUGAAAGAAUUUAUUGGAAUAUUAUGGAAUGCAGUGAAGAGCCUCACACUACAGCUUGAUGUCCAGUCUUGCUGUGUGUUCAUUCCAAAUGAUAGCCUGCCUUCCCCGAGUACAAUUGUAUCUGGUGACAUCCCUGGGACAGUAAGAAGUUGGUACCAUGGACAGACCAGCACACCAGGAACAAUUGUCCUUUGUUUGCCACAAAUAAAGAUUAUCAGUGCUGGUCACAAGUGCAUGGAGCCUCUGCAGGAGAUUCCCUUUGUCAUCCCACGGCCCAUCCUUGAAGAGGGUGAUGCAUUUCCUUGGACUAUAAGCUUGCAUCAUUUUAGCAUAUAUACCCUUCUUGGAAAGCAAGUGACACUUUCCUUAGUGGAGCCCAUGGGAUGUACCUCUACUCUAGCAGUCACAUCGCAAAAGCUCUUUACCCCGGGACCAGAUGGGAGACAUUCUUUUGUUGUCUGUCUCCAUGUUGACUUGGAGUCUUUAGAGAUAAAGUGCUCUAAUCCUCAGGUCCAGCUCCUUUGUGAAUUAGCUGAUACAAUGAGUAAAGCCUGGAGCAGGAUCCAGAAGAGAGGCCCUCUUAGUUCAUCUUCAGUCUGCUCAGAGAGCACAGCAGGCCCCAGCCCUGGCUCUCCAGUGCGGAGCAGUGUUGGAACGGUUCCACCAGACACCAGCACAUGCAGCCCGUCUGCUGACAUGGUGACCACCACUGAGGGGGAUUCUAUUCAAGCAGGUGAUGAUUCACCAUUCUCAGAUUCUGUUACCCUGGAACAAACUACCAGUAACAUUGGUGGGUCCAGUGGCCGUGUUAGUCUGUGGAUGCAGUGGAUGCUCCCCAAAGUCACUGUGAAACUCUUUGCUCCAGAUUGUGAAAACAAAGGCACAGAGGUUUGUAUGGUCAGUGAACUAGAAGACCUCAGUGCGUCCAUAGAUGUACAAGAUGUGUACACCAAAGUGAAAUGUAAGAUAGAGAGUUUCAAUAUUGACCACUAUCAAAGCAGGCCAGGGGAAGGUUGGCAGUCAGGACGUUUUGAAGGAGUAUUUCUGCAGUGCAAAGAAAAACCUGUGACAACUACAAAACUUCUAGAUGGUGCUCAUCAGCAGCAUGGAUUUCUUUCUCUGACAUACACAAAAGCCGUAACAAAAAAUGUCCGUCACAAGUUAACCUCAAGAAAUGAGCGAAGAAGUUUUCAUAAAUUAUCUGAAGGUUUAAUGGAUGGCUCACCUCAUUUUCUUCAUGAAAUUCUUCUUUCUGCACAAGCAUUUGAUAUUGUGCUUUGCUUUCCUUUACUUAAUGCUAUUUCAAGCAUAUUUCAAACGAAACUACCAAGGACCCAAAAAGAGAACAGGAAAUCUUCUGGUCAGCCCAUGAGGACCCAUACGCUUACUGCCCGCAAUUUACCUUUGAUUUAUAUCAAUACAAGUGUCAUCAGAAUUUUUGUUCCGCAAACCGAAGAAACACAGUCAACUGUCGAAGUGGAUCAGGCAGCACAGGAAGACACCGUGGUUUUGAAGGUUGGCUCUGUUGCCAUGGCUCCCCAGGCUGAUAAUCCGCUCGGCAGAUCUGUCCUCAGGAAAGAUAUCUACCAGAGAGCCUUGAACUUAGGAAUUCUUCGAGAUCCUGGAUCAGAAAUUGAAGAUAGACAGUACCAAAUAGACCUGCAGUCCAUCAGUAUUGGCACUGCCCAGUGGGGUCAACUCAAACCAGAAAGAGGGAGUGGCUCAGGAGGCGUGCUGACAGAGAGUGAAAGGAAUUCCCAGAACCCGGCCCUGGAGUGGAACAUGGCCAGCAGCAUUCGGCGACACCAAGAAAGGAGAGCAAUUUUGACCCCUAUCUUGACAGAUUUUUCUGUCCGAAUAACUGGAGCACCUGCCAUCACUUUCACCAAAAUAAUCUCCCCAGAAAAUCUGCUUACCGAGGAGAUUUUAGUGUGUGGCCAUUCCUUGGAAGUGAACAUAACCACAAACCUGGACUUCUUCCUAAGUGUGGCUCAAGUUCAGCUCUUACAUCAGUUAAUAGUGGCAAAUGUGACUGGAUUGGAGCCGUCAAGCAAGGCCACAGAGAUCUGUAAACAAGAACAGAAGAAAAUGGAUACAUUUGAUGGAGCCAUAGCUGAAACUUCUUCCCGAUACAGUGGUGCUCAGGACAGUGGAAUCGGCAGUGACAGUGUUAAAAUCCGAAUUGUACAAAUAGAGCAGUACAGUGGUGCCAGUCAGCACCGAAUUGCCCGCCCCUCACACCAGUCAUCAAUUGUGAAAAAUCUCAAUUUCAUUCCCUUCGACAUAUUUAUUACUGCAAGUAGGAUCUCACUAAUGACCUAUUCCUUGGUGGCCUUACCCAAGUUCAAAUCACCAGAACAGAAGGAAGAUGGGAAAACAGGCAAGAAUUCUUUAAACCUGCCAGAAGUUGAUUCUGAUAUAGCUCAGCCUAACCAGGCAUGCAUUUCCAUGGUGACUGCUGAAGAUCUCUUAAACAGUAGCAAUUCUUAUUCUUCAGGGAAAAAAAUAAGGGUUCUCUCUCUUGAAAGCCUCCAUGCGUCCACACGGUCAUCUGCUAGACAAGCACUUGGCGGCACUGUUGUCCGGCAGCCUGGCCGAAGAGGGACCGGUGACUUCGAGCUCCAUCCAUUUCUCUACUUAAUUGUAUCUCAGCCUUCCUUGCUUCUGAGUUGUCAUCACAGGAAACAGAGAGUGGAAAUAUCCAUCUUUGAUGCUAUGCUUAAGGGGGUAGCCUCUGACUACAAAUGUACAGAUCAUGGGAAGACCCUGCCGGAAGCCCUUGACUAUAACACUGUGUGGCUGCAGACGGUUCCUGGAGAAACAGACAGUAAAAGUGGGAUUCCACCUUCCCUUGUUACACUACAAAUUAAAGACUUCCUUAAUGGACCAGCUGACAUCAACUUGGAUGCAUCAAAGCCUUUGAAAGCAAACUUGAGUUUCACCAAGCUGGACCAGAUACAUCAUUUUUUAAAGAAGAUUAAAAAGGCACACAGCUUUGCACAUAGCAAAGAGACCUCAGCCCCACCGGACCCUGUACUGAAUAAGGAUGAGCCUCCUGCCUCCAAAUGUUACCGCGGAAAGUUGUCUACGCCCAAAGUUCACUGUGAUGGAGCACAGAAGACGUCUUUUCAGGAAAACUUGUGGAGAGCCAUUUCCUGCUUUCAGAAAGUUUCUGUCCAUACUACCCAGAUUGUGGUCUCCAUGGAAACUGUCCCACAUCCUCAUACACCAUGUGUGUUGGCAUCACUGUCGAACCUCAAUGGAAGCCUUAGUGUCAAAGCAGCACAAAGAGCACCUGGCCCAAGUCUUGGAUCAUCAGUCCUCCUCAGCAUAAGUGAUUUUCUCCUUAAAACAAGCCUCAAGGAAAGAAGUCGAAUUCUGAUGGGGCCGUUCUCUGCUACUGUCCAUCUGGAAGCUAAAUGGUGUAAACACAGUGGCAAUCCAGGCCCACAACAGUCCAUACCAAAAGUAGCCAUGGAUUUAAGAGGUGGUCUGCUGCAGGUCUUCUGGGGUCAAGAACAUUUGAAUUGCCUGGCCCUUCUGCAUGAAUUAUUCAGUGGGUAUCUUAAGGAGGAGAGAAAAUUUGAAGUGCCGAUUCCCGAAUCAGUACCCCAAAUGCCAUCUCCCGUGGAUAAGACACAAGCUUUUAAAAGUGAACACAGUUCAGAUGACCUGCGGACAGGCAUCUUUCAGUACAUACAGGAUGCUGAACCUUUGAAACUCCCUGGUACCUAUGAAGUCUUGUUUUAUAGUGAAACAGAAGAGAGCCCAGGGAUGAUGUUAUGGAGGUACCCAGAACCUCGAGUGCUCACCCUUGUGCGAAUAACUCCUGUGCCUUUCAACACCACAGAGGACCCAGAUAUCAGCACAGCAGACCUGGGUGAUGUGCUGCAGGUCCCUUGUAGUUUGGAAUAUUGGGAUGAACUCCAGAAAGUUUUUGUUGCAUUUCAAGAAUUCAGCCUGUCUGAAAGCAAAGUUUGUGAAUUGCAGUUGCCAGAUAUCAAUCUUGUGAGUGACCAGAAGAAACUUGUGUCCUCAGAUCUGUGGAGAAUUGUCCUGAACAACAAUCAGAAUGCAACAGAUGACCAAAGCUCUGCAAGUGAAUCUGGUUCUCAAAGCACCUGCGAGCCCCUCGUGACUCCAACAGCCCUGGCGGCUUGUGCCAGAGUCGACUCCUGCUUUAGCCCGUGGUUUGUCCCGGCACUUUGCAUGGCCUUCCGGUUUGCACACCUGGAGUUCCGUCUGUGUCAUCACUUGGACCAGCUAGGCACAGCCUCACCACAGCACCUGCAGCCAUUCACUCCUGAUAAAAAUGUGCCAUCUGACCUGGAGUACAUGGUUAUUUCCUUCAAAGAACCAAACCUGUAUCUUCGGCAGUGGAGCGGCGACUCUGUCUGCCAGGAGAUCCGGUUCUCAUCUCAAGUAGACUGUAAACUGCUGGAGUGCAGAAACGUCACCAUGCAAAGUGUGGUGACGCCCUUCAGCAUCUCAGGGCAGAUGGCGGUCUCCAGUGACGGGGUGCAGAAGCUGCUUGACGGCACCAUGAUCGUGGACUCUGUGCUGGUAAACUUCGGGCAGCAUGCCGUUCACUCCCUGCACACUGCAGUGCAAGCUUGGCAGCAGAACAAAUGCCCUGAGGUAGAGGAGUUGGUCUUCAGCCACUUUGUGAUCUGUAAUGACACACAGGAGACACUGCGGUUUGGCCAGGUGGACACUGAUGAGAAUGUUCUGCUGGCCAGUCUCCAUAGUCACCAGUACAGCUGGCGUUCUCACAAAUCCCCACAGCUGUUACACAUCUGCAUUGAAGGCUGGGGCAACUGGCGUUGGUCAGAGCCCUUUAGUGUGGACCAUGCCGGAACAUUUAUUAGAACAAUUCAGUACAAGGGUCGAACCGCUUCGCUCAUCAUCAAGGUUCAUCCCCUCAGCGGGGUGCAGAAACAGAUUAUCAUCUGUGGGAGACAGAUCAUCUGUAGUUAUUUGUCUCAGAGCAUAGAGUUGAAAGUGGUUCAGCAUUACCUCGGUCAAGAUGGACAAGCUGUAGUCCGAGAGCACUUUGAUUGCCUCACAGCCAGACAGAAACUGCCUUCGUACAUAUUAGAAAAUGGUGAACUGACAGAGUUGUGUGUGAAGGCCAAAGGAGAUGAAGACUGGUCAAGAGAUGUGUGCCUGGACCCCAAGGCCUCGGAGUAUAGCACUGUCAUCCAGGUGCCUACUUCAAACAGUUCCAUUAUUUAUGUAUGGUGCACAGUUUUGACUUUGGAACCCAACUCUCAAGUUCAACAGCGAAUGAUCGUGUUCAGCCCUCUUUUUAUCAUGAGGAGUCAUCUUCCAGACCCCAUUAUCAUACAUUUGGAGAAAAGAAGCCUGGGUCUGAGCGAAACACAGAUUAUUCCAGGCAAAGGGCAGGAGAAUGUACUGCAGAAUGUAGAGCCCGACCUUGCACACCACCUGACAUUUCAAGCGCGAGAAGAAUAUGAUCCUUCGGAUUGUGCUGUUCCCAUAUCAACAGCCCUCAUUAAGCAGAUAACCACUAAGAUACAACCUGGAGGCACAGUUAAUCAGAUGCUUGAUGACUUCUAUGGGCCAGAAAAGUCCCAUGAACCCAUUUGGCCUUACAAUAAGAAGGAUUCUGACAGGAAUGAACAGCUGAGUCAGUGGGAUAGCCCAAUGCGAGUGAAGCUGUCGGUCUGGAAGCCAUAUGUGAGAACCCUGUUGAUAGAACUGCUGCCCUGGGCCCUGCUUAUCAAUCAGUCCAAGUGGGACCUCUGGCUAUUUGAAGGAGAGAAGAUUGUUCUACAGGUCCCUGCUGGCAAAAUUAUUAUUCCUCCUAAUUUUCAGGAAGCUUUUCAAAUAGGAAUUUACUGGGCAAAUACAAACACUGUGCACAAAUCAGUAGCAAUUAAACUGGUCCAUAACCUGACCUCUCCGACGUGGAAAGACGGCGGGAACGGUGAAGUAGUGACGCUGGAUGAGGAAGCGUUUGUUGAUGCUGAGAUCAGACUCGGUGCCUUCCCGGGACAUCAGAAGCUGUGUCAGUUCUGCAUCUCCUCCAUGGUACAGCAUGGCAUACAGAUUAUCCAGAUUGAAGAUAAGACUACAGUAAUCAACAAUACACCAUACCAGAUAUUUUAUAAGCCACAGUUGUCUGUCUCCAACCCCUGUUCUGGAAAGGAGUAUUUUCACGUUCCAGACUGUGCUACCUUCAGCGUUGGUCCAGGUGGAGAACAUCCUGCUAUGAAAUCCAGCUCCCUGCCUUGCUGGGACUUCAUGCCUGAUGUGGGGCCAUCAGUGGACACAGCCGUGCUUCAGAAACAGAUACUGCUGGGCUUUUCUCCUGCACCAGGUGCUGACAGCUCUCCGUGCUGGAGCCUGCCAGCUGUCAUUAGACGAGAGUUUCCUAGACAGAGUGUAGCAGUGCCCUUCGGAGCCCUAAGGGAGAACGGAUUCUGCACCAGGGCAAUAGCACUGACCUAUCAAGAACACUUUGGAAUCACUUAUUUAACCCUCUCAGAAGACCCGAGUCCUCGAGUAAUUUUCCACAACAGAUGUCCAGUAACGAUUCUCAUAAAGGAGAACAUAAGAGAUAUCCCAAAGUUUGAGGUUUAUUGCAAAAAAAUCCCUCCUGAGAGUUCAGUUCAUCAUGAGCUGUAUCACCAGACUAUCAGUUACCCAGACUGCAAGACCAAAGACUCACUUCCCAGCCUCCUUCUGAGAGCGGAAGUGACGGGAGAAGGGACAGCGGAGUGGAGUGAUGCUGUCGACAUGAACAGUCAGGGGACACAGGUUGUGUUCCUCACUGGCUUCGGAUAUGUGUACGUGGACAUUGCCCAUCAGUGCGGCAGGGUCUUCAUCACCAUAGCCCCAGAAGGAAAAGCAGGACCUAUUUUAGGCAGCGCCAACAGAGCGCUGCAGAAGACUACUACGUUUAAAAUGUUCAUCACCCGCUUGAGCCUGGCCGUAUCUGACGACCUCACACACCACAAGGCGUCAACUGAACUUCUCAGGCUCACUCUGGACAACAUUUUCCUCCAUGUAUACCCUGUGCCUGGUGAACUCCCAGGGGAAGAGCCCCCCUCCACCCUCCUCCAGCUUUUCAGUGUGGAGGUCUACUUUGGGGACCUGCAGCUGGACAACCAGCUUUACAACAAGUCCAAUUUCCACUUCGCUGUCUUGGUCUGCCAGGGAGAGAAAACUGCACCAUCCCAGUACUCCAGAGUGCAGAGUCUCCUGCUCUCCACCAAAGACUUGGAGGGGUACAAGGAGAACUGCUUCAUCAAACUCCGCCUCACUGGAUCUGAGGGGACAGACUUCCUCUUUGAUGUCAGCGAGUUCUCUUUUGAACUGAAACCAGCAAGGCUCUAUGUGGAGGACACCUUUGUAUACUACAUCAAAACUUUGUUCGACACCUACCUUCCUCACAGCAGGGUGGCUGGUCACCAUGCAGAGCUCUCUGCAGGGAGGCAGGUGCUGCCCCUGCAGGUGAGACAGCAUGCCAGGGCCUUGGUGAACCCGGUGAAGUUGCGGAAGCUCGUCAUCCAGCCAGUGAGCCUGCUUGUCAGCAUCCAUGCUUCCCUCAAGCUGUACAUCGCCUCCGACCACACCCCUCUGUCCUUCUCUGUGUUUGAAAGAGGACCCGUGUUCACUACAGCCAGGCAGCUGGUGCACGCACUGGCCAUGCACUAUGCUGCUGGGGCUCUUUUCCGAGCAGGCUGGGUGGUGGGGUCUCUGGAAAUCCUCGGCAGCCCCGCCAGCUUAGUGAGAAGCAUUGGAAAUGGGAUCUCGGACUUCUUCAGGCUUCCAUACGAAGGGUUGACACGAGGCCCAGGGGCCUUUGUGAGUGGAGUCUCCAGAGGGACCACAUCCUUCGUCAAGCACAUUUCCAAAGGUACCUUGACGUCCAUCACCAACUUGGCCACCAGCCUGGCCCGGAAUAUGGACCGGCUUUCGCUGGACGAGGAGCAUUACAACCGCCAGGAGGAGUGGAGGCGGCAGCUGCCGGAGAGCCUGGGCGAGGGGCUGCGGCAGGGCCUGUCCAGGCUGGGCAUCAGCCUGCUCGGUGCUAUUGCUGGUAUAGUUGAUCAGCCAAUGCAGAACUUCCAGAAAACAUCCGAGACCCAGGCUUCCGCAGGACAUAAGGCCAAGGGUGUCAUCUCGGGUGUGGGGAAAGGAAUCAUGGGGGUAUUCACCAAACCCAUUGGGGGAGCUGCAGAGCUUGUGUCGCAGACUGGCUAUGGUAUUUUACAUGGAGCUGGACUUUCUCAGCUUCCCAAACAACGGUACCAACCAAGAGAUCUACAUGCUGACCAAGCUCCAAACAGCCACGUCAAAUAUGUCUGGAAAAUGCUUCAGUCUCUGGGUAGACCAGAAGUCCACAUGGCCCUGGAUGUAGUCCUGGUGAGGGGCUCAGGCCAGGAGCAUGAAGGGUGCUUGCUCUUGACAUCUGAAGUGCUCUUUGUCGUAAGCAUCAGUGAGGACACACAGCAACAGGCCUUCCCCAUCACGGAGAUCGACUGUGCACAGGACACCAAGCAAAACAACCUGCUCACUGUGCAGCUCAAGCAACCAAGAGUAGCCUGUGAUGUGGAGGUGGAUGGUGCCCGGGAGAGACUGUCGGAGCAACAGUUUAACAGGCUUGUGGACUACAUUGCAAAAACAUCUUGCCACCUGGCUCCAAGCUGCUCUUCCAUGCAAACAUCAUGUUCUGUGGUGGCUGUGGAGCCCCCCGCUGCCACUGUCAGAACCUACCAUUACUUAGCUGACCCCCAUUUUGCUCAGGUGUUCAUUAGUAAAUUUACCAUGGUAAAGAAUAAAGCCCUAAGGAAAGGCUUCCCCUGAGUCCCUCAGGGAGGAGGAGUUGGAUUUUUUGCUGAGCAACACAGAGUUCCAACACUCAACAUGGACAGAAGGCCAACAUGUCUGUAGUAACAGGCAUACUAAUUUUGUAAGGACUUACAUCUUACCUUCUCCCCAAACAAAAAAGAUACUCCUCCAAGUGGGGGGAAAAAUUCCAAGUGGGAGAGGAACAAAUGAUCAAAGAAUCCUAUAUAUGUUAUAUUCUUAACAUACAUAGACUUUUUUUUUUUUUACUCUAUGCCAUUUGCAGAAGUUUCCACUGUAAUUUCAAUCUAUUAAUGCUCUGCUUUCUAGUAAAAUGUGGACAGGCCUUAGAAUACAGACCCAGAAAAUAAAACUCCACCACCUCUAUAAUACAGUUGUUUCGCUUGUUGAAUGUUUCACUUAACUACAAUACCAUUCUUUUUAGGAAAAACAAUGCAUAUUACCCUCAAAGUCAGCAGUCUGAUUUGUCAGACUUUUAACUGCUCAGGUAUAUUUUGGAAAGCUUAUGUUUUACAAAGCUAAAAAGUAACAUUUUGUGUCUACCAACAAGAACAGACCAUAAUGCCUGUAAAUUUGUUUGGUUCUAGAACUCCUUAGUAUAUGGGUGUAAGUUAAGAAGAACCCUAACACUGCUAAGCCGUGGUGGUGCACACCUUUAAUCCCAGCACUCGGGAGGCAGAGGCAGGUGGAUCUCUGUGAGUUCCAGGCCAGCCUGGUCUACAGAGCAAGUUCCAAUACAGUCAGGUGUACACAGAGAAAGCCUGUCUCCAGCAAUGCCACCAGUCAGGGCCAGUUCUCUGUGAACUGACUUGGUAAGGCUUGGAGAUAAUUCCUAGUGUCUGCUAAGUAUUAUUUAACACCUAAAGAAAGGCUUUGAUGCAAGACCUGGAGUCAGCAGUGAUCUUAAAGUUCUCAGUGACUGUCACAGUCUACCCACUGAUGGCAGUCAUGCGUAGGCCUGCAAUUUGUUCCCUUCAACUGUAAGUAAGACAGUGCAAUUUCAAAGGCCCCUGACCUUCAACUCUCAGAUCUGCUGGGCACACAUGCCCACCACAUCCCUAUUACUGAAAAACAAGUCAUUGAUGGACAAUUCAAGCCAAAUAUGAAAACCAUCCAUGCACUUAGUCUGUGACUCAUUUAGGAAAGCAACAUUUUUGUCAGCCUCAAGAAUAAUUAUUUUUAAGAAUGUAAAUAUGUACUGAUUCUUGUAUGGCUUAUGGUAAUUUUACAUAUUGCCAGGAAUUAUAUAAAUAAAGUAUUGCUGACCAUGGA